GACGUUAAUUUUCAUAAACUCAUGAAGUUGCGUCCUCUGGGUGUGGAGUUUGGGGAAUACUUUCAAAACACUUCGGCCUUACCAGACAUACCCAACAUGCAGGAUCUGCAGUGUUUAGCCGACCUAACUAAGUGGACGAGCAGCAUUACUUCAGGCAAAUAUUGGGCUCUAAAAAUGAUUGACUCCUGGGGAUCAAUACCAUCGGGCUAUUUGCAUGGAAGUUGUUAUGAUAUGGGCAACUUUGAUGAAUGCCUGGGAAUCAACAAAGUGAUUACCUCUACUCACAGUAUAAAGGGAAAAUACUGCUUUAUGGAAUUACCAAUCGCGAAAUAUAUUCUUGGUGUAGAUUUCAGCUCUUCCAAUAUGAAAAUUGCUUCUUGUUUUCCGGCUUCGUGUUCGGGCCAGCUAAUGGAUCGUUUUUUGGGCACAAUGUUGCAACGUUUAAUUGGAUUGGAGAAUGCCAAUGGUUUAGUUACCAUAAAUGAAAAUAGUUGCCAAACAAAGGAUAGCCAACCAUACGAUGGCCUCACAAUUUUCCUUAUUGUGAUUUUAUCGCUUUUUGCUUUGGCUACGAUCCUGGCCACCCUGUAUGACUAUUUUCUGUGCAAAAAUCAAGAACAACUCCAUCAUGUCGUGAAGAUUUUCUCAGCACGGGCAAAUUCACGUGUCGUAUUUCGUAUAGUGGAACCGUCUACGAAUCCAAAUGUUAUAGAUUGCCUACAUGGCCUACGAUGCAUGUCCCUUAUCUGGGUCGUAUAUAGCCAUGAAUACAUAUUUAGUAUGAUGGCACCGAAUCUUAAUCAAUAUGCAUUAGUUUGGUGGUUUGAACAUCCAUUUACCAGUUUUAUAUUGGAGGGAUUCUUUUCUGUGGAUACAUUUUUCUUUAUCAGUGGCCUGCUGUUGGCCAUGAUUAGUCUAAGAUCUAUGGAAAAACUUAAAGGUAAAAUCAACAUUCCUUUGAUGUACUUGCAUCGCUAUCUUCGGCUAACUCCAAUCUUGGCAAUAGCCAUUUUGGUAUACUGGAAGCUCUUACCCCGUAUGGUCAGGGGUCCUCUAUCGGAUCAAGGUUUCUCCGAUUAUUCUGUGUGCGAGUGGAAUUGGUAUAAAACGUUGCUUUAUAUUCAGAACUAUGCUAGUACGGACCUGUGUGUGCCGCAUUCGUGGUACUUGGCGGUCGACAUGCAGCUCUAUAUUAUCUCACCCAUUCUACUGAUUGCCGUCUACAAGUGGGGCAAGAAGGCGGCAGGUGGAAUUGUUAUCCUGAUACUUUUGCUUUCUGCCUGCCUUUUUACCACAAUGCUCCUGGGAGAUUUGUCCCGACAGUUUAAAAAUAACGAGCAUGCAGCGGAGGCGCAACAGAAGCUAUACUUUUCCACCCAUACACAUGCCGCUCCCUGGUUGAUAGGAUUUCUUUUUGGCUAUUUCCUGCACUUGAAACGUGGCCAAAAAUUUAAUUUAAGCCGGCCAUAUGUAUGGCUGGGUUGGUUACUAUGUCUUGCCAUGAUCUUCACCUCGAUCUUUGCCCUUUACCCAUAUGUCAAGUGGGGAAAACCCGCCUUGUCCAUUCUGGGCGAGGCAUUUUAUUAUACACUGACGCGCAUCGGCUGGCCAUUGUCCUUGUGUUGGGUAGUAUUUGCUUGUAUGCAAGGAUAUGGUGGGUUGGCCAAUAGUUUUCUCUCCUCGCCGCUUUGGCAGCCAUUAUCAAGGCUCUCCUAUUCGAUCUACAUUUGGCACAUUUUCGUGCAGGAGAUCAAUCACAGGCGAAUCCAAACAGUAACUUUUUUCUCAGACUAUGAAGUGAUGUUGCAGUUCUGGUCGUCGUUUGGCUUCGCAGUUAUAAUGUCAUAUGUGAUGUAUAUUGCAGUUGAAGCACCUUUGGGUGGAAUAGAGUCUUUACUAAUGCCCAAUAAAAAGCCAAAACCUCAUUCUAAGGAAGAACCGACUGAACCGAAAGAUAAUAAACCUAAGGAGGGAACCACUGAUACCUCUUAAUAGGCACUUUAGUUAUAUUAUUUAGAUUAUUACAAGCUGCUUGCAGUGCCUCAGAUAUGAUUAACUUAUGACCCUGAUUUUAUUACAAAUGACUCACUACAUAUCAAUAAUAAAUAUACAUAUGUACUUGAA